AUGCCUCCCAAAAAAGCUCAGACCAAAGAUUUUGUUGUCGACAAGUCCACCGAGCCAGCGGCUGUAUCCAAAGAGGAACCCUCAACGAGCAAAUCUAAUGGAACAUCUAAGAAGCGGAAAGCGCCUGCCGCAUCUGGACCAAACAAAGUCCCACGCCGCUCCGCUCGCAGCACACCAUCCGCCCCAGUCGACGUCGUCAAGAUGCUCCACUUUCUCCUUUCGCCCACCUCCUUGGACCUUUGCCGUCCGAAAGACGAGAUCGAAGACCUCAAGACCCGUGGGGCGGAAACCAAAACUUAUAGCACAUCCACUUUCACCCCGUUCGAAGAGCUCGUCUGCGCCGUGAUACUGAGCCGGCCUAUCGGCCACAUGCUGGGGCUGCGAUCCAUCCGAACGAUCUUCAAUGCGCCGUACGAAUUCACCACGCCGAAGAAGAUUCGAGAAGCCGGAAACGAGGGCUGCAGGGAAGCCUUGGAUAAGGCGCGGACGCAGCACCGGCAGAGAACGGCCGAAGAGCUGGUGCUGCUCGCCGACGCAGUCGUCAACAGCUUGGGAUAUGGGGACGAGGACGUGAGUCUGGAGCGGGUGAGAGAGGAGAGUGAGCACGAUUAUGAAAGGGAGAGGGAGAUGUUGAGGAAGAAUGUGAAGGGGUUGGGGAAGACGGGGCUCGACAUUUUCGCGCGAAGGAUACAGGGUGUUUGGCCGAAGUUUUAUCCUUUCGUUGAUCAGAGGACGCUGGCGGCGGCGGAGAAAUUGGGGUUGCCUGGUAGUGCGGAGGAGUUGAGUGAUAUGUUGGAUGAGCAUUGGAAGAAGCUUGACGUGAAGGAUAUCGAGGCUAAAGAUGAAGAGGAGAAGAAAAGGAAAGCGUUUGUAAGAAUCUUGGAGAGAGCGGUCGGGGCUGAUCUGGAAGGCAAUGUAGACUCUGUAAAGUCCGAGGCGGCCUGA